AUGGAGUCGCUACUGCACAUGUCCCACAUCAGCCCCAUGGGAACACAGGUGUUUGUGCUCGACGAGGAGGCACUACUCAUCCGUGUCAGCAGAGGCUGGCAAUACGUGGCUGGCUCAACCAGGCCAUGCAGGGAACAGGGCCUAACGGGCUUACCUGGUCGGCCCGGACUGAGGGAACCCACGGGACCAGAAGGACCACAGGGACUGAAGCUCGGAUCUCUGGUUCAGCAACCCAAGAAGACGACACUGGGCUCAACCAGGCCAUGCAGGGAACAGGGCCUAACGGGCUUACCUGGUCGGCCCGGACCGAGGGAACCCACGGGACCAGAAGGACCACAGGGACUGAAGCUCGGAUCUCUGGUUCAGCAACCCAAGAAGACGACACUGGGCUCAACCAGGCCAUGCAGGGAACAGGGCCUAACGGGCUUACCUGGUCGGCCCGGACCGAGGGAACCCACGGGACCAGAAGGACCACAGGGACUGAAGCUCGGAUCUCUGGUUCAGCAACCCAAGAAGACGACACUGGGCUCAACCAGGCCAUGCAGGGAACAGGGCCUAACGGGCUUACCUGGUCGGCCCGGACCGAGGGAACCCACGGGACCAGAAGGACCACAGGGACUGAAGGCAGUGACAGUCGAGAACAUGGAGUCGCUACUGCACAUGUCCCACAUCAGCCCCAUGGGAACACAGGCAUUUGUGCUCGACGAGGAGGCACUACUCAUCCGUGUCAGCAGAGGCUGGCAAUACGUGGCUCUCGGAUCUGUGGUACAGCUACCCAAGAAGACGACAACGACUACGUCAACAGCAUCACCACUUUUGCCACCAGAUAGUCUGCGACUCGACGGAUCUGCACCAAAGGGCUCAACCAGGCCAUGCAGGGAACAGGGCCUAACGGGCUUACCUGGUCGGCCCGGACCGAGGGAACCCACGGGACCAGAAAGACCGCAGGGACCGAAGGAACGCAGCACUUCGCCUAGGCAUGACCAUCGGGAUGCCGAAGGCCACAACAUAACCAAUGCUCCAUGGCUGGGGUCUGCAGAAAGGCUUUUCCAAAAAGCAAUACAAGAUCCCAACUCGCUGACUUUACAGGAGAUAUGCUCUGUGGUCAUGGCCAUUUUCAAGGCAGCCCUCAAGGAUACACAGUACAAGCAACAGGCAGCCAGCCUCUGUGUCCAACUCCUUGCAAUGAACCCGGAUGUACUGGAAUCGUCUGGUGAUCGAGAGGUCGAGCGCCGAGUGAGAAAGACAGAGCAGCAACACAAGCUGCAGCAGACAGGACGCGCUGACGUGUACCGGACCAUACUGGCCACCUGCCAUCUGUGGUUUGAACAUAGAGACCAAAUGCUGCCAAGGCGGCCGCCACCAAGCGCAUCGAUAGCAGGGCAGGAUGCCUGGACCUCCAGAUUCCACUGGACUGCAUACGUUUCCUUUGUCGCCUCGCUGUUGGAGGCCAUGUACCGAACGGCACCCAACUCAGUGGCUCCUUUGGUGUCGCCCGGGUACAGUGUGCAUUUUGCGUAUGUGCUGUACAAGUGCUGCAAGAUCAUGGUGCGCUCAGCAGCGCACAACAUCGCAACUGAGAGGACAUGUCUCUGGUACGUGGUGAUCGUGGCCGUGACGUUGUUGGAGAGGUCGUCUAACGAGUGUAAGGCAGUGAUGACAGAGUGCAUCCGGGAGGCACUUCGCCACCCGGUCCUUAGGGCAGAGUACCGCCGUUCUCUCCUACGCUUCUCCGAACUGCAGGGCCACCCAAGGGAAGAGCCAGCUCCAUAG